UGGCUAUCUCGAUAUUAUACAAUCUAUAUUUGAAUCCAAACAUACCAAAAUACUCAUCUUUUGACAUUCUCUGAGAGAGAGAGAGAGAGAGAGAGAGAGAGAUGAAUGAGAUUGUGGAGAAAGCUGUGAACUGUUUGGGUAAAGGAUUCGAUGUAACAAAUGAUUUCAGGUUGAAGUUUUGCAAAGGGAAUAAGAGGUUGGUUUUGAUAGAUGAGAGUGAAAGAAGAGAGAUUGUUGUGCCUGGAUUCGGACCGUUGAAAGAUGUGUCCAUCGACAUCAAAUGCGAUAAGGGAGAUCGUAUCCGUUACCAAUCUGACGUUCUUGAAUUCAAUCAGAUGUCGGCAUUGUUCAACCAUAAGAGCUCGUUGCCGGGGAAGAUCCCGACGGGACUAUUCAACGUCAUGUUUGGAUUCAACAGUGGGACGUGGGCCCAGGACGCGUCGGACACUAAAUGCUUGGCUCUUGAUGGUUACUUCAUCUCCUUCUUCAAUCUUCAAAUCAACAGAUAUCCUCUUGUUCUCAGCAAUCAUGUCCGAAACGCUGUUCCGGCGAGCUGGCAACCUCAUGCACUGGCCAGGUUCAUUGAAACAUAUGGGACCCACAUCAUAGUGGGUGUGACUGUGGGCGGUCAGGAUGUGGUGUUUUUGAGGCAAGAUAAGUCGUCCAACUUACAACCAUCUGAGCUCAAAAAACACUUAGAUAAGCUUGGAGAUGAGAUUUUUACUGGGAGUUGCACCCUCUCUCCCCUUCAUUGGAAAACCAAGGGACAGAAAAACAAGAUUCCAGAAGCUUUCAACGUCUUUGAUCCGCAGCACGGGCUCGUCGAUAGCUUCCGAUCCGUGUCCAGCAAAGAUGGAAUUACAAUCAUAUGCUCGAAAAGGGGAGGGAAUGCAACCGUUGACAGCCAUUGCGAAUGGCUCCUGACCGUCCCUUCGAUGCCUGAUGUGAUCAACUUCAACUUUGUGCCAAUCACUUCUCUACUCAAAGAUGUCCCUGGCAAUGGCUUCUUAUCACAUGCCAUCAAUCUCUACCUACGGUACAAGCCACCUAUAGCUGAGUUGCAAUACUUUCUGGACUUUCAAGCACACAAGAUAUGGGCCCCAGUCCACAGUGACCUCCCAUUGGGCCCACCUACAAACAAGGCCAUGGCAACUCCAUCUCUCCAGUUCAACUUCCUGGGCCCAAAGCUAUAUGUCAGCACAGCUCAGGUCGUUGUCGGGAGAAGUCCGGUGACGGGGAUGAGACUGUACUUGGAGGGCAAGAAAUGCGAUAGGUUAGCCAUACACCUUCAGCAUCUAUCAAACAUUCCACAAGUGCUUCAAAACCAGGUCGACGACACAUCAAUAUGGCGAGGAUCCGACGAGCUCGCCAACGAAAGAUAUUACGAGCCAGUGCAAUGGAAGAAAUUCUCCCACGUAUGCAUUGCUCCGGUAAAAUACGACCCCACAUGGGCCCACUCCCUCGACACUGCAUUUGUCGUCAGUGGGGCCCAGCUACAUGUGACCAACCAUGAAUCCAAGAAUGUCCUCCAUCUACGGCUCUUAUUCACCAAGGUGUCGAACUCCGUCGUCUGCCGGUCCAUCUGGGAACAAGGCCCAUUGGGCUUCUCUAGUAAGUUGGGCUUCUCCUCAACGGGCAGCUCGUUGUUUAAACGGGAUGAUGAGAAACAAAACCCGAUCGUGAUUGUAGAUUCGGGCGUGUACCCGACGGGCCCACCGGCCCCCGUCCAGGCCCAGAAGCUGUUGAAGUUUGUGGAUACUUCACACGUGUGUAAGGGCCCACAAGAUAGCCCAGGCCAUUGGCUAGUGAGUGGGGCUAAGUUAGAUGUGGAGAAUGGGAAAAUCUCACUCCAUGUAAAGUUCUCUCUUCUCAGUUUUUCUUCUUGAGAGCAAAGAGUAUGAAAAAAGGUUAUACUCCUGGCUUUCUGUGUAUACGCCCAAAAUUCAUCCCCACAAUUCUUUGGAUUAUGGUAUUUGACUCCAUCUACUACACACCAAUCUGGACUGUCCAAAUCAUGGCCACCAUCUUGAUUGGAUGAUCUUAACCGUC